UAAAAAGGUAACGUGGAAACUCCCUUCCCCUCCCUCUCAUCCCCUAGUCUCCACGCGAACCACCGUGAUGGGUGUGGAUUACUACAAUAUACUGAAAGUGAAUCACAGCGCGAGGGAUGAUGAUCUGAAGAAAGCUUACAAGCGUCUGGCCAUGAUCUGGCAUCCCGAUAAGAACCCUUCCGCGCGGAGGGACGAAGCCGAGGCCAAAUUCAAACGGAUCUCUGAGGCCUACGACGUUCUCUCCGACCCUCAGAAGCGCCAGAUCUACGAUCUCUACGGCGAGGAAGGCCUCAAAUCUGGGAAAAUCCCCAAUUCUUCGUACGAGGCUUCUUCCUCUUCGUCGAGACCGCCGCACUUUUACCACCAGCAUCCGCCUAACGCGGCGUCGUUCCGUUUCAACCCUAGAGACGCGGAGGAUAUCUACGCCGAGAUCUUUGGAUCUGAAGCUGGAGGAGCAAGUGCUGGACAUAGGACGUUUAGGGAUGCGAGUUUCAGGAACGCUGGUGGUGCGAAUGGUGAGCUUAGGAAGGCUCCAGCCGUUGAGAAUCCAUUGCCUUGUAGUUUGGAGGAUCUUUGCAAAGGUGUCAAGAAGAAGAUGAGGUUAUCUAGAAAUGUUUUCGAUGCUUCUGGUAAAAUGAGGGUCGUUGAGGAGAUAUUGCCCAUAGAAAUAAAACCCGGGUGGAAGAAAGGCACAAAGCUCACUUUCCCUAAGAAAGGCAAUGAAGAGCCUGGAAUCAUACCAGCAGACAUCAUCUUCGUGGUUGAAGAGAAGCCACAUCCUCUUUACAAGAGAGACGGAAACGACCUUUUGGUCAACCAGGAGAUCACUCUGCUUGAAGCACUAACCGGUAAGACCCUCGACCUGACCACGCUUGAUGGUAGGAGUCUCAUGAUCCCACUAACGGAUAUCAUCAACCCCGAGCACGAGAUUGUUGUUCCAAACGAAGGAAUGCCCAUCUCUAAAGAGCCUGGUAAAAAAGGUAACCUGAGGUUGAAGCUUAACGUGAGUUAUCCGUCUAAGCUGACAGCGGAACAGAAGUCCGAGCUGAAGAGAGUUCUUGAUGGGGUUUCAUGAACAAGUCAGAUGAUGAUGAAUGUAGAUAGCAAAAGUAGAGGAGAUGAUGUAGAUUGUGAAUGGUAGGAAGGAGCUUGGAUUUGAAAGCCGAAGAACAAACAAACACACGCUUUGCUUCUGUCUUUUCUGUUUCUCUUGUCUGAAAUUAGACUCUUCUGGUUUCCUUUUUUGUUAAUUUUAUUUAUUUGAUUUGGUUUUGAGGGCCUUUAUCAUAUGUGAUUUAUGUGACUCCAAACAUUGAGGUAUGCUUUGUUACCUAUUUAUCUUAUUAAUAAGAAUCAUUUGUGCC